ACCUUGCUCUAGUUGUGACGCGUCGUGCAAAGAUACAGAAAAAUUUGUGGUCGUUUUCGGUGAUUUUUCUCAAUAAAAGUUUUAAUCCUGUACAAUAAUUGUUUUUUAAACUAUUGCCAAUAUAAUUGUGUUUCGUUGGCACAGUGUGUGGAGAGAAAACUUGAUAAACUAAGCAGAACUGCCGAAAAACUACGCAGAAAUUGUUUCUUCACAUUCCAUUUUGUGCUCGAUAUUCGGAGCAGGUCAGUUGAUUCGUUAGUUUAGUUUGGAGCGAAUUUUUAGACACCAUAGUUAAUCGAAAGCAAGACGGUGAAUUUAGAACCAAAGGCGGUCGUUGGAACAUAGAACGAACGAAUAGGGAGAAGGAAGCAGCAGAAAAAUCAGACAAACGCCUCAGCUUGAUAGCAACAGCGAAACGGUGCAGAGAGGCGCAGUCACGGAAUUUGAGUGAAGUUAUAGCUGUAGAGGAGGUGCAACCGCAACGUAAUCGCUAACGACAACAGCAACGGCAACGGCAACAGCGGCUGGAAGAAAGAAGGUAAAAUAGAAGGGACAAAAUGAGUCAUAUUAAUAUGAUGAAGUUGAAGUUGAGCCCAAAAUAGCGAUUUUGUUACAAUUUGGAGUGUGCUUCCAGUUUUGGGUUUCCAAUAAAGAAGAAAAAAUAAUCCGAAAAAAAGUGAUAACUAAACGAGCUAAGUGAAAAAAGCAAGAUCAUUAAAAAGAAACAAAGUUCAAUAACGAAAAACGGGCAUAUCCAAAAUUACAAUAGACACUACAAGAAAAAGCUACGGCAAUAACUCGCUAAAAUAGAAGUAGCUUAAAUUGUUGAUCGCAAUAGAAAAAACUCAGUGUAAAUCCACCAACAAAGGAAAUACGUAAUUACGUUAUCACUUGUAGUGCAAGACCAUAUAUAAAUUGUCGUUUUAUUCCUUAUUCAGUAAACAUAAAAAAACCAAGUAAUACGUCCACCCCUUCACUGACACUAUGCGUGAAUAUAAAAUUGUUGUUUUGGGUAGCGGAGGUGUAGGCAAAUCGGCACUGACCGUGCAGUUCGUGCAAGGUAUAUUCGUAGAAAAAUAUGAUCCCACAAUUGAGGACAGUUAUCGCAAACAGGUGGAAGUGGAUGGCCAACAAUGCAUGUUGGAAAUACUGGACACUGCUGGUACAGAACAAUUCACUGCUAUGCGUGAUCUCUACAUGAAAAAUGGCCAAGGCUUUGUUCUCGUUUAUUCUAUAACAGCACAAUCAACAUUCAAUGAUCUGCAAGAUCUGCGAGAACAAAUAUUGCGUGUGAAAGAUACAGAUGACGUACCAAUGGUGCUAGUGGGUAACAAAUGCGAUUUGGAAGAUGAGCGCGUGGUAGGAAAAGAACUGGGUAAAAGUCUGGCCACACAAUUUAACUGCGCCUUCAUGGAAACAUCAGCCAAAGCUAAAGUAAAUGUCAAUGAUAUUUUCUAUGAUCUGGUCAGGCAGAUCAAUAAAAAGUCACCCGAGAAGAAACAGAAGAAACCUAAAAAAUCCUUAUGUGUUCUGCUAUAAGACUACAAUUUUAAAACAAAUAUAUAAAAAAAUAUGGUAUUGAUUGAAGCAAAUAAAUAAACAAAUAGUGAGGAUAAAAAAAUGUUUGAGUACCAAGGAUAAAAUUGCGAAAAACAUUGCUGUUAAAUGUGGGGGUUUUCUAAAGUCCGCUAUCCUUCUCGCUGUCUCUUUAGAUAUACAUAUAGAAAUAAAAACUGGAAUACAUACAUAUGUACUUGUAAUGAUGAUAGACAAACAAAAAAUUAAUAAAAAAUUAUAUUCAAUUUAGGCGAAAUUUUGAAAUGCCAAGUUUAUUUUGUUGUAUUAAAAUGAAAUAAGUUUGUAUUAUUUUAUCUUAAAAUUAAAGUUUUUAUAUGAAACUAAACGGCAAGUCUAAGCGCAAACAUUUAAUGACGUUUGAGUGAAACUCCAUGUGAAAGUAAAACAGUAAGAAAACAAAUAAGCCGCAUUGUCAAAAUCAUUCAAACCGUUUAUACAAUUUACAAAGAUACUACUUUGCUACUAUUUUACAAAUUUACAAGAUAUCUAUAACUAAGAAAAAAAUGAAAAGUAUAGUUUUGAAUUAACACGCUUGUAAGUUAAUAUGAAUGAUAUGUAUGUAUAUUAGGGUAUCAGUAAAGUCAAAACGAUUUCUCACACUCUUUCUUUAAGGCAUAAACAAAUCGGGGUAAAUAUGUUAUAUUUUAUUUUCACACAAAAUAAUUCUACGGUUGUGAGUUUUUCAUAAUCAUUUAAUACCUCCGAUUAUAAUUGCUUCAAAACUUAAAUUUCCACUUUAUUCAUAGAUGUUCUUUUAAUUUCAUCAUAAAAAAUAUGUAUUUUAUGUUAAAAGUAAUAUAUUAUUAGCCAUAACUGAAAUGCGUAGGCCAAAUCGUAAUAGUUGAAAUAACCGUUUUGACUUGAAAAAAAAGAAACCUAAGCAAAGGAAAUGCCAAGCAAAUAACUAAAACAUAAAUUAUUGGAAAUAUAGAAGAAACGGAAAUGUUGAGAAAAUAAGAAUUUUUGCCAUUUAAGGCACAUAGUUGUAUGUACAAUUCAUAUAGACCAGACCAGCACAUUUAUUGCUAGUCUUCUAUCAAUUUCAUUUUUUUUCCAUUUAUUAAUGUUUAUAUAGAAAUAAUGUAAUAGCACUGUCAGAAAGACAAAACGAUUCCCAUGUGCCCUAUAAAUAAUGAAAAAUUAUUAGUAAUCAGAUUAUCGUACUCAUACAUUAUGUAGUUGAACCACCUUACAUCAAGAGAUCAGAAUAUUAUCCAUGACGAAAUGAAAUGCAUAUUGCGAUUACUAGACCAACGAGCCCUUCACCAAACAAUCAAAAUAUAAAAAUCCGUUAGUUACCACUUUUCAUUGAUAAAUUAUUUGAUAUAAAAAAUUUAAUGUUUUCUAGCAUUAUGAACAAUUGUAUAAAUUUAAUGAAAAGUUGCAAAAAAGGUUAAAUGAAAAAAUAUUAAUUAACAACAAAAUCAUUUGGAUAAAUGAUUGAAAUGGUAAAGACUUAAAACCCGCUAAAAUAAAAUUAAAAUUUUUCAUUAUAGCGUGGUAUUUACAACACCCAGCAACAAUGAACAAUGUAUAAUGACCUAAUAUUUGUGAGCGGUAAAAAUAAAAUUAAACAAUGCAAUCGCAACAAAAUAAUAUAAAAUAAUAGAAACAAGUGCAUAAACCAUAAAUCAAAGUGUAACAAAAAAUAAUAAGAAAUAGAUUUAUUGUCUUCUAAAUAUUAAUUAAAUGUAUUACGUUUACAUAUAAUAAUAAAACAAAAAAAUCGAAAACAUUAAACAUAA